AUGAGACUCUCCUUCAUCGCCGUUGCAGGUCUUUUGUCAUCAGUCUCUUUCUCACCGACGGCAAGCUAUGCUGUCCAUGAAAAGCGUCAAGUUGAAGACCCAAGGUGGCUCCCAGGUGAUGUCAAGCUUGACAGGAGAACGCCCCUCCCUAUUUCUAUCGGCUUGACACAGCAGAAUAUACACAAAGGCCAUGAUUUCCUCAUGGAUGUCUUUGCCUCGACUGUUGAGACGCUCAAUGCCAUGAAGGAAUGGCUCUCAAGUCACGGAAUUAAACAAGCCCGUCUUUCGAUCUCGAAAGGUUCCAGCUGGAUCCUGUUCAGUUCGACAAUUGGAGAAGCCGAAGCAUUGCUGCAAACCAAAUAUAAAGUCUAUGAGCACUCCGAAACAAAGAAAUCUCAUCUUGCUUGUGAUGAGUACAGGGUUCCCGUCGAAAUCAAGGCUCACAUUGACUUCAUCACGCCCGCUAUUGGGUUCGACGUAUUCUUCGCGGAUCCGGAGCCGAGAAGGAAGGUUCGUCUCUUGAAACGAAACAUGGUGGCGCAGAUCCAAAGCGAUCUUGGCUUGUUUUACCACUAUCUAUCUAUCAAUGUACCACAGGGAUCUGCCUGGACUCUGGCCUCUAUCGAUGGUAGAACGCUGCAGCAAAUAGCUGAGAGCCUUUACUACAACGGAGAGUCUGACCUCGAUCUUGAAUAUGCAAUAGCACUUGUGUAUCCACAAAAGGUGACUUUAUACCAAGGCGGAGACUUAGUAGAAGGUGUUGGUGCUUCAUUCAACCCUUUCCUGGACGCCCUCGACAUCAGCCAUUGCAACGAAGGAAAUCUUCCUGUUGCUUGUAUGAACCGCCAAUGCAAUGUAUGGAUGAAGCUCGGUCUCCGAGGCGUAACCACCGUCGUUAGUAACGGCGACUAUGAGGUCGCGGAAAUGGCAAAAUAUGCUGCACAUAUGUCGGCUGCGCCUGUGGUGUUCUCGACGCCGCCGGUGCAGCAGGAGGGUUCAACCCGUCCUCGCCCAUACAUAACCUCUGUCGGAGCAACGCAAAUCAUUCCUGGUGCUGCGAUCACAGCUGCGGAAGUGGCGUGCGAAACUACCAUCUACUCUGGUGGUGGUUUCAGCAAUAACUUUACGCUGCUGAGUUGUCAAUCGUCUGCUGUGGCAAGGUAUUUCAAGAGCCACAUGCCGAAGUACUCUACCACUCUCUGCGACGCCUCCGGAAAAACUCGCGGGAUCCCUGAUAUCUCUGCAACAGAGCAUGGCAUCUCACAGCAGUGGACGGCAUUGGCCAUUAUCUAUUUGGCUUCAGCAGCGGCGCCAACAGUGGGAAGUAUUAUUACGCUUAUCAAUGAAGCACGUAUCACUGCUGAAGGGAGUAACCCCGGGUGUGGGAACGCUGGGUUUACGGCUGUGUCGAGGUGGGAUCCGUUGGCGGGGUUGGGGACGCAUACUGCUGAAGUUUUGGAUGGCUCUUCCUUGAGAGGUUGA